GAUGGCUCCUCUCCACCGUCCCUCCCUACAUCCGUCUUCACCUCCGACGCAAACUUGAAGGACUCUCUAACUUUAGUCCCGUUCUCUGGCUCCACCGCCUCCAUGGAAUAAAAUCUGUUCAUGUCUCCCGCCUGUCUGCUACUCCAAACAACAACCGCAAUAAGUCCGUCUCAGAUUAGUUUGUCCAUAUCCAUACAUAUGUGAAGCUCUGAAGUUGAGCUGUCUUACAGUCCCAGACUUUGUUUCUCUGCACCCAUACCCUGUAAAGAGCAGCAAUGCGAGAGCAGUGGUGUCUCUCAGGUACCAUAAACACACAGUUGUGUUAUCUCAGAGAACUUUGAUCUGGAGUUAGAAUACAAAAAACACACAUGCUAAGUAGAUUGACUGUCUGUCAGUCUUUCCUCAGUCCUCAAAUUGUGCACUAUGGAAAAGCUAUGACUGACAGGACAGAGCAGAUGAAGAACGUGACAUGAACAUCAACGUUUUGAGAGAGAAGGCUUGUGAGCUGAGACAAGAGAUCUUCAGCCAGACUGGAGUCAAACUAUCUAACAGAGCGAAGAAACGGAGAACAGGGGAGCAACAGGAGAGCAAAUAAGGCAGAUACCCUUAGAGAUAAAAAGAGAGGAACCGAACAAGAGAAGAAAAAGAGGGGCGUUGACCUCUUGACCCUACAAACGUCAACCACCAACUUGCAUCAUCAUGGACACAGAUACUGGCCUCAAUCAUACAAACGGCUCUUCACAGCAGCAUCAAGACACAGAGUUGUUCUCGUCUGAAGAAGACAGCAGUCUCUACUUCACCUACAGUGGAGGGUGCAAUGAGCUGGAGGUCAACGACCUGCACUAUGAGGUGGACACAGCUGCUCAGAUCCCCUGGUAUGAGAGGUUGUCAGAGUUCAAGUUGCCGUGGGAGAUAAAAGGAAACAAGCAGACAGCCAUCAACAAGCUCAGCCUCCGAGUCCGCAGCGGGCAGAUGCUGGCCGUCAUUGGCAGCUCAGGUUGUGGUAAAACAUCUUUGCUGGACAUAAUAACAUGUCGCGAUGAGGGCGGUACAAUGACGUCCGGCCAGGUUCUGAUCAACGGGAAGCCCAACACGCCCCAGCUAGUGAAAAAGUGCAUCGCUCAUGUCCGCCAAGACGACCGCCUUCUUCCUCACCUCACCGUCCGUGAAACUCUUGUCUUUGUUGCCAAAUUGAGGCUCCCCACCCACUUCACACAGGCCCAAAAGGACCAGAGGGUGGAUGAUGUCAUCGCUGAGCUGCGGCUGCGACAGUGCGCUCACACCAGGGUGGGAAAUGAUUAUGUGAGGGGUGUUUCUGGAGGAGAGAGGAGGAGAGUCAGUAUAGCUGUUCAGCUCCUCUGGAACCCCGAUUUUCUGGAGCCACAACCCCCUAACCACCAGUGGAUCACCAAAAAUAAGACGGAAGAAGACAUUGCAGGCAAGCAGUUGCUUGUGUCUUUUUAUGGAUUAUUGAAUUGUUGUUUUUAUAUUUCAGGUAUUUUGAUCCUGGACGAGCCCACUUCAGGUUUGGACAGCUUCACUGCUCAUAACCUGGUGAUCACACUGUCCCGCCUGGCCCGGGGAAACCGUCUGGUGCUGCUGUCGGUCCACCAGCCUCGGUCAGAUAUCUUUCAGCUCUUUGACCUUGUUGUCCUGCUGUCGUCGGGUUCAGCCGUUUACUGUGGCGCUGCUCGUGACAUGGUGCCUUACUUCACAGCCCUGGGAUACCCCUGCCCACGAUACUGCAAUCCCUCUGACUUCUAUGUUGAUCUGAUCAGUAUAGACCGGCGCAGUCCGGAGCGAGAGGCCGAGUGUUUGGAGCGGGCCACAAUUUUGUCUGAGCAGUUCAUGGACAAGGUCCGAGACACAGAAGAUCACAUGUGGAAACCAACUGGGAUUGAUGCGGCACUGACCCAAUCUGAAAACCCUCAGCGGCUGAGCGGGGUAAAAGGAGAGGAAGUCAUCACUAUUUCCAAGCAAAGAAACAGUCUGCCUGGCAGGCUACACCAAUUUACCAUCCUCAUCAGGCGUCACAUGUAUAAUGACUUUAGAGACCUGGUCACCCUAUUGGUCCAUGGCUUCGAGGCCCUCCUCAUGUCAUUGCUGGUCGGUUGUCUCUACUAUGGGGCAGGAGAAGAGCGUCUGUCCAUUCAGGACACAGUGGCCCUCCUCUACAUGAUCGGAGCUCUUACCCCAUUUGCUGUGGUGCUGGACGUCAUAGCUAAAUGUCACACAGAGAGAGCCAUGCUGUACCAUGAGCUGGAGGACGGCAUGUACUCUGUCACCUCCUACUUCUUCGCCAAGGUCCUGGGGGAGUUACCAGAGCACUGUGUGUUCACCUUGGUGUACGGCCUGCCCAUAUAUUGGCUGGCCGGGCUUAACGAGGCUCCGGAGCGUUUCCUGCUCAACUUCCUGCUUGUGUGGCUGAUGGUUUACUGCAGCCGAGCCAUGGCUCUGUUUGUAGCUGCUUCGCUGCCCACCCUGCAGACCUCAGCCUUCAUGGGCAACGCCUUGUUCACUGUCUUCUAUUUGACUGGAGGUUUUGUCAUCAGCCUGGAGAAUAUGUGGCUUGUGGCCUCAUGGCUUUCUCAUGCCUCCUUUAUGCGUUGGGGUUUUGAAGGCAUGCUGCAGGUGCAGUUCAGAGGCAACAAGUACCGCGUCACUAUCAGUAACAUCACCAUCAAUGUUGACGGCAUACACGUGGUGGAGGCGAUGAACAUGAACCAGUACCCUCUGUACUCAUGCUAUUUGGUGCUGCUGGCAGUCUGUCUGGUCUUCAUGGUCCUCUAUUACUUGUCCCUAAAAUUCAUCAAACAGAAGUCCAGUCAGGACUGGUGAACAGAUCUGGACCAACUGUCAGACCAAACACUGUCUAAAAUCACACACGUCAGGAGGAAAGGUUUUACUUGAUGUUUUUUGCAGCAGCAGUGGAAGGAAAUUGGAUUCUAGCUCGACUAGUUCGACACCAUUGUUAUUUUACUGUUUUACAGUGCAAAGGUGCUUAAUCAAGGGGGAGGAAAUGUAAAAUAUGUGUUUUGAAUUUACAUUUCCCCGAUAAUUUCAACAUCUGAAGCUCCCUGUACCUUUUUUAAUGGUACAAACCCAUGAAAUAACCACCCUGGCACCUCAGUAGAGUGUAAAACAUCACCCUUCUUGAUAUAGGAAAUAAUGUCUAAAAGUGCAGCAGUUCCCCUCAAUCUUUGACUAGUUGAAUAUGGGAAUAAGAAUUUGGAUAAGCAGAAAAGCACUUGUUGCAGUACCGCUGUCUGCUGCUGGAUGGCAGCAGAGCACUGCAGUAUCAGCAAAGUUAAAAUUAUGGCAUUUCUUUUUCUCCCUCUCUUCUUCAUCUUGGCAAAUGAUUAGAGCGCCACUUUGGCAGAUAUCCAUCUGCAGCUUUUGCUUGUUCCAUUUUCAAUCUUCUUUUUUUUCUACAGCUUUAUCUUUUUUGUAUAUGUAAGGUUAUUAAGCUUAACAAUGUGUAUGCCAGUAUAGGGAGCACUGGGGGGAAAAGCCUAGUAGUGAUUUAGUAAGUCACACUCAGAAAAAAAGAGCUUGUACUCAUAGAUUGAAGAUUAUGUAAGCUGUGUGUUUUUGCACUGGUGCAAAAGCCUGAUAAAUAUUUUACAGACAUGGUUUGAGUCCAAAUUAGUAAAGUAUUAAAUGAAAUUGCUCCACUUGAGCAUGUUUAUUUCUGUCAUACUCUGCUGUCCUUCGGCCUAGUCAUUCUGUCACACUGUGUUGUCACUAGUAGCUGUGCUGUUCUUUACCAUCACUGUUAUUGAUAAUGUGAUUUUCAGUGAUUAUCCUUCACAUUCUGGUUGUCAUUUCAAAACCCUUAAAAUAGUUCUUAAUGUGAAAUCAUGCAUGUUAACACCAUAAUGAUAAGCUAAAAAGUUGUCAAAAAACUCCACAUCUCUGAUUAUGCAAAACAAUUACAUUUUUUUCAAAGAGCAUGAACACUGACUGUGCUCUUUUGAGGGCAGUCCAUAAUUAUCAACGCAAUUUUCAAAGUAACUUUUAUUAUCAUAGAAACCAAAGAAAAAAAGUGGGUUUUAUACAAACCUGGGUUAGGGUUAGACUACAUGAGACAGUCUUUGAUGAAAAUCAAAUUAAUGCCAAUAAUCUUUUGCAUCUGUUCUGUGUGAAAGCAUUUUAUUAUAAAGUAUAUGAGUGAA